AUGGGGCCCUGUGUCCUUGCCCACACUCAAAAAAGCCUAUGAAAAAGGUAACCAGGGGCAUCUCAUGGGGGCGGACUGACAACUCAUGGGGCCCCCGUGCAAUAGGGGAUCAUGGGGCCCCUGUGUCCUUACCCAAACUCAAAAAAGCCUGUGAAAAAGGUACCAGAGGCAUCUCAUGGGGCCCCCUACUGACCCCGGGCACUAGGGCAGUGCCCGAGUUUCCAAGUGGUUAGUCCGCCCCUGCCUACACCGGUCAUAGUUAUGGGCA